AUGAACCUCACUUUCGGCUUGACGCUGUUCAGUGGCCUUCUCGGCUUCGCCACUGCUCAGAACAGUAGCUCCAACACAUUCACCAACCCAAUCGUACCUACAGGCGCGGAUCCUUGGGUCACACGCUAUGGAGGAUACUACUAUCUCGUCUACACUACGACCAACAACAUCACUCUGUGGCGAAGCCCAGAGCUUACGGAUUGGUCGAGUGCAGAGAUGAAGGCUGCUUUUCUGCCUCCGGAGAACCAACCAUACUCGACCGACUUGUGGGCUCCUGAACUGCACAAUAUCGACGACAAGUGGUACAUCAUCUUCACCGCCGACCCCAACUCGGAUACGCCCCCACGGGAGAUCGAUAUGCUGUGCACUUUUGACUGUCCUGCUGUUAACCACCGCAUGUACGUGCUGGAGGGCAGCACUUCUGAUCCAUGGACAAGCAAUUACACCCUCAAGGGUGAGCUCAAUGGCGUCAAGGGCCAGAUUGACACGUACAACCAAUUCGCUAUCGAUGGGACCUACUUCCAGCAUUCGACGGGUCUCUACCAUGUGUACUCGUGUUGGUACUCAGCUUAUGUCUCUUGGCCGGCUAAUCUUUGCAUCUCAAAGAUGAGCGAUCCGUGGACGGUUGAGUCGAAUGUCACUGAGCGACAGAUUAUCUCUGUACCGACGAAUCCAUGGGAGAAGACGCCGUUCGGUCGAACUGAGAACAUCCGUCUCUCAUCCAACGAAGGCCCAGAGCAGCUCACAAACAGACAGACCGGACAGCAGUUCAUCAUCUACAGUGCAGCACGUAGUGACAACAGAAACUACUGCCUCGGCCAGCUCGAACUUGUCGGCGACGACCCCAUGAAUCCUUCAGACUGGAAAAAGAACAACGAAGGUUGCGUGUUCUAUCAGAACCCCCUGGAGAAGGCCUAUGGAGUUGGUCACGCCAGCUUCACCACCAGUCCAGAUGGUACAGAGGAUUGGAUUGUGUACCAUGGGAUGGAGAACCCCUUCAUGGGCUGGGGAGCCAGGAAUAUUCGAGCACAGAGGUUCACAUGGAAUGAUGACGGGACGCCAAAUUUCCCUCGGCCAGGAUAUGGGCCGUACGAGGCCCCUAGCGGACAGAACUCUAGCAUGAAGAUGUUUUAG